ACACCCUGCCCGGGGUCUGGAGAGGUCAUAAAGACCAAGACAGUCUCUACUGCACAGAGCUUACUACACUCAGAGACCAGAACUCUCACGGACUGGACUCCCAAUUCAAAUCAGAUGAGUCAAGUAUUACAAGGAAUAGGUUUAGUUGGGACAAAGGAACGCAUCCAGGAGUUGACUGAAAGAAUGUGAGAAAAAAAUUUUUCAUCAAGGUUCAGUACCCGUGGAAAAUGUGACUUCGAAACAACGGCCACAACCGCUCUAACUGAAAGCGAGGAGACGAUUACCAGACAAACAAGGGUUCGCGGUGGGUGAAGGAGAGGCCGGAGUUUCCGGUCGUACCCAUAAAAUGAAGGAAGCGUCGUCGGCCAAGAACUGAAAUCCUCUCACCGCAACCAUGGAGCGAAGUAGGGGGAAGGACCGAGUGACGGGUGGCUGAGGUCCCGAGAACCGUCAUCUCUUUCUGGACCUUCGGAUAAACUAGGCCGCAAGGGUCUCGGACAUGUUCAGGGACAUUCAUACCUACAUUCAAACCCGUGUUCACUCAGUUCCCCACGCUCUGGGCUCCCAGUCAUCGGUUCACAGGGUCACCAGCAAAGAAUAGGUCAGGGCACACUCACCCGUCAGUCAAGCCCAGGCGUCAGGGUAGAAUCUUCUAGCCGAGGUGUAAUCCUCCUUAGACCAGACCAGAAAUCGCCUAGAACUGUGGGUUGCAGUUGUUCCGGGGAGUUCUCUCUCCAUGGCACUGCCCCCGCUAUUUCCGUUGGGGAAACGGAAGUCCCUCCCCAAUGCCGGAACUGCAGCGGCCUUACUUCCGCAGAGUCUCUCCAGACGCGGAGUAGAUUGGUUUCCGGGCUCGGGUGGGCGCGGACUUGGUUCAGUGCGCGCUCCGCAGCUGUGUCCCGGGAGCGCAGUCCUGCGGGCUGCUCGCGCGGGGAUCUGGGACUGCGGCCGCGCGAGGAGAGCGCCGAUCCGGGUGCCAGGCAAGUGCAAGGCCAUGAACGGCACGGCGAACCCGCUGCUGGACCGUGAGGAGCACUGCCUGCGGCUCGGGGAGAGCUUCGAGAAGCGGCCGCGGGCCUCCUUCCACACUAUUCGCUAUGAUUUUAAGCCAGCAUCGAUAGACACUUCCUGUGAAGGAGAGCUCCAGGUUGGCAAAGGAGAUGAAGUCACCAUCACACUCCCACACAUCCCUGGGUCCACACCACCAAUGACGGUGUUCAAAGGGAACAAACGGCCCUAUCAGAAAGACUGUGUGCUCAUUAUUAACCAUGACACUGGAGAGUAUGUGCUGGAGAAGCUCAGCAGCAGCAUUCAGGUCAAGAAGACAAGAGCUGAGGGAAGCAGUAAAAUCCAAGCUCGAAUGGAGCAGCAGUCCACUCGUCCCCCACAGCCAUCACAGCCGUCACAGCUGCCCCCUCCACCUCCACCCAUGCCCUUCCGAGCCCCGACGAAGCCUCCAGCAGGACCCAAAACUUCUCCCUUGAAGGAUAACCCCUCACCUGAGCCCCAGCUGGAUGACAUCAAAAGAGAGCUGAGGGCCGAGGUGGACAUUAUUGAGCAGAUGAGCAGCAGCAGCGGGAGCAGCUCUUCCGACUCUGAGAGCUCCUCAGGAAGUGAUGACGACAGCUCCAGCAGCGCAGGCGAGGACAAUGGCCCAGCCUCUCCUCUGCAGCCCUCACACCAGCAGCCCUACAACAGCAGGCCUGCAGUAGCCAACGGGACCAGCAGGCCCCAAGGAAGCGCUCAGCUCAUGAACACGCUCAGAAAUGACUUGCAGCUAAGUGAGUCUGGCAGUGACAGUGAUGACUAGCAUCAGGCUUUUGAAAUCUGCUUUCUGGUACGCGAACAUGCUGCAAGACCCAGCUCCGUCUGCCGGGACCACACGCCAUAGGACGAUGUUGCGAAUCAGAGCCAAUAGGAGUUAAGGCCUGGAAGCACUCAGAUACUCAGUCUUUAACUUGGUGGUGGUGGGUGAAUUUCUCAUGUAAUUUUUGAACAAUCUCUUGAUUCAGAGUUUAAGUAUAUCUAUAGGAGAACUAACAGAAUUCUGUUUUAUUUGGUUAACAUUGUUAAUGAAAAACAGACCAAUGUACCCUGGUCUAGGACACUCAAAGUUCGUAUCUUCAUAGGCCAGUAAUUCGGCUGGGUGCUCUUUAUCAGUAAAAUAUAAGUCUUUUAAGGA